UUUUCCUUAUAUUAUACACAUUCUCAGUUUCGCAAGGAUGCCGCACCUGCCGCCCCUCGUUACCCGCACGUCCGCUUCGCUGGCGGAGGCUCGCACACGCUCGAUUCAGCUGUACCGGCAGUGGCAGAAGAGCGUGCCGCAGAUUAUGAUUGACUACCACUUGUCGAUGCCGCAGGCGGUGGUGCGUUCCAAGAUCCGCGAGGAGUUUGAGAAGCACCGGUUCGUGUCGGACCCGCGUGUUAUUGAUGUGCUGCUGUUCAAGAGCCGCAUUGAGCUGGAGGAGUUUGUGAAUGUGUGGAAGCAGUACCCGCAUGCGAUGCGCUACUUUGACGAGAACGAGAAGGAGCCCGAGUCGACAAAGUUCCUGGACAAGUUUGUUGAGGGACGCGCCUAGAUACACCAAGGCUGCAACUCUAGGAACGGCGCUAAUCUUGUCUCAUGUACUCUCGUAAAAGAAAUAAAGCAGUGCUAAUGCUGCUUCUGAAAAGGCCA